ACUGUGAGUCCCAGCAGCUCUCAGUUCUUUGAAGGAGACUUUGUGUCUCUGAGCUGUGAGGAGGACGACAGCUCUGCUGGAUGGACUCUGAGGAGAAACAGAAACAUGGAAAACGGGACUCUGUGUGGGGUCGACUGGGGAAAUAAGAAUAGUUCUUCCUGUAAAAUCACUGAUCUCUUUACAUGGGACAGCGGAGUUUACUGGUGUGAGUUCAAUCAGAGUACCAUCAGUAACAUGGUUAACCUGACAGUCACUGGUGGAUCAGUGAUCCUGCAGAGUCCUGUCCUCCCUGUGAUGGAGGGAGAUGACGUCACUCUGCUCUGUAAAACAAAGACCACUCCCUCCAACAUCACAGCUGCUUUCUUCAAAGAUGGCGUCUUCAUCGGAAAAGAGCCUACAGGUCACAUGACCAUCCAGCAUGUUUCCAGGUCUGAUGAAGGCCUCUACAAGUGUGACAUCAGCGGUCAUGGAGAGUCUCCAUCCAGCUGGAUCACUGUCACAGAUAGGCCUGCAAACACAAUCCUACACCCAUCCUCAGCACCACCUCCUGACCCCACCUCCCUCAACCUUGUGUUCAGCGUUGUCUCUCACCUGGUGGUAAUUUGUCCAUACUUCAUCUCCACUCUGCUCAUGGUGUCUUUAUAUCGACGCAGAGCCAAAGCAUCCCUGUCGACCCAAGCUGAGCAGAGACACACUGAGGACUUUGAUAACAUUGUGGAGGUGACCACUGAGCAUCACUUCUGA